CUGCUCCAGUCGCCACGCCAGUCCAGUCCAGUGCUUCACAAUCUUCGAUCUUUCCCAUCUUCUGCUGUGUCCAUUCGAGAUUACACGGAUCACACACGUGGUUGCUUUCCUAUUCUUAACAUGUCUAAAGUGAAGAUUGGUAUCAUCGGUGGGUCCGGUUUCUAUUCAUUGGAUGCGUUGAUAGAUCCUGUUGAAAAGUCUGUAACUACUCCUUUCGGUGAACCUUCCGAUAAUCUCGUUUGCGGGAAAAUUUCUGGGGUUGAAUGUGUUGUACUUGCCAGACACAAUCGUAAACAUGGAAUAAUGCCCACCAAUAUCAAUUACCGAGCCAAUAUUUGGGCAUUGAAAGAAGAAGGAUGCACCCAUGUUAUUGUUUCAACUGCCUGUGGCUCCUUGCAGGAAGAAAUAGCUCCUGGUGAUCUUGUAAUUCUCGAUCAAUUCAUAGACAGAACUACCAAAAGAGCUCAAACAUUUUAUGAUGGAACAUGUGAAAAGCUGAGUGGUGUUUGUCAUUUGCCAGUCGAUGAACCCUUUUGUGGACUUACUCGCUCUUGCUUAAAACAAGCUGCAGAAGAAUCCAACAUACCUGUACACGCUACAGGUACUUGUAUCACUAUUGAAGGGCCAAGGUUCUCAUCCAAGGCAGAAAGCUUUCUAUUCAAAUCUUGGGGUGGUCAUGUAAUAAACAUGACAACUGUUCCAGAGUGUGUUUUGGCUAAAGAAGCUGGGCUUUGCUAUGCUGCCAUAGCUAUGGCUACUGAUUACGACUGUUGGCACCCGCAUAAUGAAAAAGUCAAUGUAGAGCUUGCAUUGAAAACGUUCCGUGAAAAUGUUGGAAAAGUUACUCAACUUCUGUGUGCUGCAGUUCCCAUUAUUGCGAAAGUUGACUGGUCUGUUACUAUUCAGGAACUUAAGGAAACGGUUAAAAAUAGCGUUAUGGCUUGACUUAUUAUCUGUCAAUCCCCCAUAACGUUUCUUCCAAAAUUGUGCAACAUCAUUCAUUAGUUACUUAACAUAGAAUUUUAAUCAAUGUUGUGUAAUAUGACAAUAACCACGGAUUACAUUGAGAACGUAAACGUU